UUCCUCUUUCACUUUCGCUUCCGCCGCCGGAGCGCGGUUCCUCGCCGCCGCCCGAGCAUGGACGACCCGGACUGCGACUCGACCUGGGAGGAGGACGAGGAGGAGGACGACGAGGUCCCGAGCGCCAGGGGCGAUGAAAAUGGCGAGGCCGACGCCCCGGGGGACGCGGACGCGGCCGCGGAGGACGAGGAGGAGGCGCGGCCCAGCGCGCUGCAGUCUAGGAUGACAGAGUCCCGAAACUGGCGAGCCAUGCGGGACACACGCCGGUACCGGCACCACUACCCGGGUUUGGUGGAAGGAGAUAGCAACGGUGACAUGCUAAACCUGAAUUUCUACAGAAACAAGAUCCGGUUCCUGCCUAACGGCUGUUGCAUUGAGGACUUGCUUCAGAACUGGAGGGAAGACUACGACCUCCUGGAGGACAAUCAUUCCUACAUCCAGUGGCUGUUUCCCCUCCGGGAGCCAGGAGUGAACUGGAAUGCCAAGCCACUCACAAAGCGGGAGAUCGAGGCAUUUAAAAGCUGCAAGGAGGUCGGGGAGCGGUUUGUUCAGGCCUACGAGCUCAUGCUGGGGUUCUACGGGAUCCAGCUUGAGAACCGAGACACCGGCAAGGUGUGCCGAGCACCGAACUAUGAGAAGCGCUUCCAGAACCUCAACCGUCACAGCCACAACAACCUGCGCAUUACUCGCAUCCUGAAGUCGCUGGGCGAGCUGGGCCUGGAGCACUACCAGGCGCCGCUGGUCCGCUUCUUCCUGGAGGAGACGCUGGUGCACCAGGAGCUGCCGAAUGUGCGGCAGAGCGUCCUGGACUACUUCGUGUUCACCGUGCGCUGCCGGCGCCAGCGCCGCGCACUGCUGCGCUACGCCUGGGAGCACUUCCGGCCCCGCAGCAAGUUUGUCUGGGGGCCCCACGACAAGCUGCGGAGGCUCCGGCUGCAGUCUCCGCCCCGCCCGCCCCUGCCGGCGGGCCCCAAGCUGACCGAGGGCCAGGACAGUCCUGAGGACCCCCUCGAGGCCGAGGCCGGUGCCCAGGGACGGACCUGCGGACUGGGGAGGGAGGGGGGCGGGGACACUGUGGCUGAGGGUCCCCAGCCGUCUAGCGCGGAGACCCAGGAGGUGGGAGCCCUGGAGAGGGACCCGGGAGAGGUGGCCGCUGGGAUCCAGGGAGAGGAGAGCCCAGAGCCUUCCAGUCCCAAGGAGAGCAAGAAGAGGAAGCUGGAGGUGAACCGGCGGGAGCAGGCCCCCCCGGAGCCUGGUCCCCAGAGUCCCUCGGAGGUGGAGAAGAUUGCCCUGAACCUGGAGGGCUGCGCUCUCAGCCAGGGGAGCCUCAGUGCGGAGACCCAGGAAAUGGGCAGCCAGGAACAUGGGGAAACUGAGGAGCCCUGUCCCCCGGCCCCAGGGGCCAAGGUGGCCAACGACGACGAGGUGAGGAAGCGAAGGAAGGUGGACCCCUGUUCGGGCGAGGACGCAGUUGUGGCAGAUGGUGGUGGGAACCAGACAGCCCCCACCGCGCCCCCUGCCCCCUCAGGGUGCUCUGAGGACGGAGCAGGCGAGAAUGGGGUCGAGGAGGAGGCAGGAGGCGAAGGGGGGCCGGAGCAGGGGGCGCCCAGGAGUCCAGCCCCUGCUGGACCCGAGGAGAGGGCGGAGUCUGUGGAGGCGGGGCCACCUGCCAGACCCCAAACGCCUUAGGCAAUAGGCAGUGGGUGCCAGGGGAUAGCCUGGUGGGGCAACAAGGCUGCCAGCUGUCUUGGCGCCCUGCGGGCUGGCCUCUCCCUGGUGGCCACUACAGCUGCUGUGAGCACAGGCUCCACCCUGGGAAGGCCAAGGACUCCAGACCCUAACCUGACCUCAUUUCCUGCCUCCCUCCUCCCUGCUACCGCCCCAUCUUUGUAAAUUGGCCCUUAAGGGUGUGGGUGGGAGUGGAGGCUCACUUUCUUAGUCUGGCCUUUUUCAGAAUAAACUCACUUGACUUUGA